UCGGCGCGGAUCGUCCGCAGGCAGCAGCGGGGCUGUGCGGGUGAGCAGCAGCAGCAGCAGCAGCGGCGCGCUCGGAGAUGAACGACUGAGCACAGCUGUGGAUGUGAGGAGGUUUGAGUUUAUUAACUAGCAGCUUCCUUGGUGUUUCCGUCGUCCCGGGCCGGGGGGAUGCUGAGCCCCGGGUCCCACACUUUGCCACAGCGAUCAUAAGGAGCUCUGCAGCCGCAGCAUGUCUUCAGCACGGAGAGAAGCGCAGAGCACGCCGAGGGCCUCGCUCCUCACCCGGGCUCUGCUACUCGCCACCAUCGCUAUCGGCUCUACUGUGGCAGCCGUAGGUCAGUGCCCCCGCAGCUUGGACUGUGCCCGAGAGGGCCGCCAUUUUUGCCAGCCCGGCUCGACCCUCUGCGGCCCCUGCCUGGCUCCACUCGUGGAGAACAAGAAAGGGAAAUGUGUGGUCAGGAGACGGAACCACUUCAAAGUGGCUGAGCUCCCUGAGCUAGAUGAAGAGAUUGACUUUCUCUCCUCCAUCAUCACCAAACACAGAGAGUCUGAGAUGAAACAUACAGCACCUUCUCAGGUUGCUCCUAAAGUGAAGGAGGACCUCUCACAGCUAAGAGGUCACUACAGACCAGUAGCCUCUCCUAGCUAUGCCCCGACAGGACGUCCUGUAUCCAGCGCACUGACCACGUCAUCACCAACGACCAGCCCAAGCUCUCCUAGCCCCAGUCCCAGGCCCGGUAGUCCCCUGUUCUCAGCAGUGCAGAGCGCCCCCAUCAUCAUCCCCUACCCCUCAGAGGACCACUCUUUCAUUGUUAUGACAGGAGUGUGUCUCUUGGUGGGUUCAGUGGCCUUGGUCCUGGCUGGAGUGUGUUGGGUCAGGAUGCAGAGAGGAAGUCGUCUGGCUCAGAAAGUGGACUAUCCAGCCUUUGGGGUGAUGAGCCCUCAUUCUUACGACAGCACCUCUUCUGGAGAUAAAAAGUUGGCCCAGAGCGCUCAGAUGUACCACUAUCAGCAUCAGAAGCAGCAGAUGUUGUCUCUGAAACAAAGAGAUGAACCCAAGAUCCCAGAAUCAGGAGCCACUUCUGAUGAGGAGAAUGAGGAUGGAGACUUCACUGUGUAUGAAUGCCCUGGGCUCGCUCCAACUGGUGAGAUGGAAGUGAAGAACCCUCUGUUUGAUGACUCCACCCUUAACCUUCAUCUUCACCUUGAUCUUCAGAGGAGUUACAACUAAACCAGGACGUUCUUGCACGAUCACGCUGAAGAUACCGCGAUCAAAUCACCCCCUCAACCAUACUGACGUUUUCGCCAGUUACCCUCUGGACACUGGUCGCCAUGUGGAGGAAAGCAGUUGAGAGAUGAAAGAAGGAAAGAGAAGACUGCAUGGACAGCACAGACUCUUGGUGUCUUGUGGGCAGCUGGUUCAUUGUUGUAGAGUUCGCUUUCUCCUCCUGCUCUUUCUCCUCUUCAACCUUCAUCUCCAUCCAGUGUUUAUUUAUUUAUUUAUUUAUUUAUUUACUGACUGUUAUGUCUGGUGUCUCUAGAAAGUGAACUCAAGACACAGUCAAGUGGGUAAUUAACUUGUUGACCUGCCUUUUAAACACAAAUACACCUGCACAGAUACCAGAUACCCCACCCCUAGCCACACUGUUCUGCAUGGUGGCUUGUUCAUUUUCUCAUGAACUGAGCAUUUUGUCAGAUUCUCACUGUUGGAGUCCUUGAUACACUGCCAACGUUUUGAAGCGAAGGCCUCUUUUUUUCUCUGUUCUGUCCGGUAUGUAGCGCUUAGCAAUGCUUCAUUUUUUCAUCAUAGAUUUCAUCAUAGAUUUCAGCCCUGCAACAGGAAGAUAUGCGUUUGUGUAACCUUCAAAAGUCGUCAGUGUACCACAGCCUUUACAGUAUAUGCACGCCUCAGUAUAGACCAUAAAGUGCAUGGCCAUUCAACUAGCCAUUCUCAUCACCAUGGACAGCUCCGCCACAUGGAGAAACAUCUGCAGCCGAUCCUACCGUCUGCACUCGCCAGCUCCAGGAAUCCUUACUGGACGUUUCCUUUAGGAAAAAAAGGCUUUAAACUUUGCACACUCUCAACUUCACUCGUUCCUUCAAAGCUUGAAGGACAAGCACUGCAGUACCGAACAGAAGUCUGAUCAACUUAAAGCUAUUUAUCUGGACAGUAUGAUAUACUCACUUAGAGAAAUGUUAACAUUAGCAUAAAUGCAACUAAACACAAGUUGUGCUGUUCUGGACAGUGUGGGACAGCCCAGGAUUUUUAAUCGUCCUCCAGUGUCUGCUCUGGCUACGGAAGUUUUCAUUAAGUUAAAUUAAAAUCAGGUGUGCUGGUGGUGGAAUUAAAGUCCAUACAAUUGGUGGAGCCACUGGAUCAAACUUGGUCUUCUAAAUAUCACAUAGCAUUUAGGAUUGAUAUCAGUAUCCACAGAUAUGUCCUUUUAAAAAAUUCAAAAAGAUUUUUAGAUUUGACCAAUAGUCACACCAAUAUUUAUAUUUAUUGUGCUCUGCAUAAUCUUUAGGCGACCCUGAGUUACUACACCAAAAUGUCUAGAAUUGUAUUCUUUUUACUGCAUUUGUAAAAAAAAUAAAACAGUGCUACUCCACAUAGCUAGUAUAAGGCAAAUCCAGGUAGAUUUAGUUACAAUUUCUUUGUUUUAUUUACAUGAUUAUGUAUCAGCAUCAACAGAUUAUGUACUUACAAACAUCAGAUAUCUGCAUUGACUCACUGUUUCCCUAUUUUUGCAUCCUUAACGUCAAUGCAGUUGCAGAAAACGAGAUAAUGUUUUUACUUUCUACUGUAUACAUGUUUGUUUGCGUUAAUUACAAUGUUAUAAGCCAUUUUAAAUGUACACAUUGCCCAGAUAAGUAGUUUUAAACCUUCUGCUCCCAGGGCUCAGGUUCAGUAUCAGGUCACUACCCAGCCAUCCUCUCUGCCUUUUAUUUGUACAAUAUUGUGAAUACUGUGCAAUGGAAACUGAACUCAUGCAUAGAACUACUUGAUGCUUAAACAUAUCAAACCAACAGAUAUUAGAUAAUAUCCCAUAUGGGUAGAGACAUAUGGGCAUAACGGAUUUGAAAAACUAGAGAGUUAGAGUGUAAAAAAAACAUGCAACAGAAUGUUGACUUGCAGUACAUGAGGUCUAUGUAUGUAUGAAGAAGCCACACUAAAUAUGUAAUUUACAUAUGUCACGUUUCUUUCUACCAAAGUAGAGUCAGUGAUGGUAUUUUUUAAGAAGCACCAGUUGUGGUUUUAAUAUUUUCAUAAUUGUGCACAUAUGAAUAACCCUAAAUUAUGAUGAUGUAGCCUUUGUAUAGUCCCGUAUGGUCCUACUAUGCAUGAUCUGAAGCUGUGGAAUGGUAAAGGGAGUUGGUAUGCAUUUAUGGUCCUUUGCAAAUUGCUUAAAUAAACCUAUACUUACAGUGUG